AUCUCAACCCCUCAAUUCGUCCUUUUCCUAAAGCUCGCCUAUUCAAAAAAGGAGACGGAGGGAAGCAAAGUUGAACGGAGCCACCUGCUGUGAAGCGAGGGAGUUCUGAAUUAAGGGGAUAGAUAAGUUAAAGGGAGAAUGCAGCAAUCUAUCAGCAACUCGAAGGACACAUUUCCCAGUAAUGAGGACUCUGAAUCCCAAAACAAGAAACAGGUGAAGCGGAAGCUACCCAGCCCUAGAGAGCUUGUAUCUCACUAUGAGUCUCAAGGCUUGGACACCCAAGAAGCCUCCUUCAAAGUUAUUGAGGAUCUCCAGAAUGCACUUUUCAGGAUGAUGCUCUCUUCUUCUGGUGCUGGUAAAGGCAAAAGCAAUAAACAAGGUCCCUCCUCCGAUAUCUCUAGAAAGCUGGACGUCAUCAAUGCCCGCCUUCUUCAACUUGACAUGAAGGUCGACUCUAAGCCUGGCUACCCGCAAAGCCUUGCCAUUGGGGUGGCCUCUGGUACCCUUCUUCAGGGCUUUGCAUCUGCCGCUGCUCAGAUUUGGACUGCUGUCCGUCGAGCAACUAAUCCUGGUAGUGAUUCACCUAUCAAUUAAUUCCAGUUAACCCCAUGGCCCUUGGUAGUGGUAUAGGUAGUAGUAAUUUAGUGAAUUUGGUGUGAAGAUGAUGUAUCUGUUCUUGAUCUUACCUGUUGCAUUUACGUUACCGUGGACUAUUGUGCAACUAGAUCUUCAAUUCUUCAUCCCCGUAUUAAUCCACAAGUUCUUGAAUUUUAUGGUA